UUAGUUUCUGCCUUAGUUUCUGCCUUAGUUUCUGCCUUAGUUUCUGCCUGAAUGUCAGCCUAAGGACCCCAACCCGGAGACGGAAAUACCUAUUUCCCCCCCAACCCUCCCAUUGGCUCCAUUCGCGAGUCCAAAGAGAGAGACCAGCAACUCAAAAUGUCCCAGCGCUAGCCGUGGAUUUAUAUCACCAAACAAGCUCACACUACCAUCUAUUACCAUCCCCGACCACGCACCCCUUUACACCACCCACCAAUAUAAUACCCGCGCUACCAAUACAGCAAUAUGGACGGACUCGGACUCAAUGCCUCGGAGCAGCGCGAAUUCCAGGCGCGCAUGGAGCGCAAGCAGAUGAAGGAGUUCAUGAACAUGUUCUCCGGCCUCGUCGACCGCUGCUUCGACUCCUGCAUCGACGACUUCACCACCAAGUCCCUCAUCGCCCACGAGUCCGGCUGCGUCAACCGCUGCGUGCAGAAGUUCAUGGCUGGGAGCGAGAGGAUAGGACAGCGCUUCUCGGAGCAGCAGGCGCAGAUGAUGAACAACCCCAAAUAAGCGCCAGAUAUUGGCCCUGGGGAGAUGAACGAGAGAUAGUGUACGAUAGAUGUGUGAUGUGGGUGUUUGUGUCCGCAUAUAGAUGGGCUGGGAUGCCGAUUGGGAUGUAGGAACACGGGAAUGGAGAUGGAUGGGGUGCUGGGGCUUGAUGGGUUGUUGAAGUAAAAAGCACCCGGAGAAGUCGGGUGUCCGAUUGGUUGUAGGAUAGAUAUACGUAGAAGUAUAAAAACUCUAUUUCACGGUCUGAAGGUUCACUUGAUGGGUUUCAGUGACUGUGAGGACAGGAGACUUCAAGACGGCUACAGCAAAUCGAAAUGCACAGAAUCUAAAAAC